AUGUCCCAACCUCUCUUCGGCCUAGUCCCCGCGGGCCACCCGGUCAUCGUCACGCCGACCGAAACGCCAACCCCAACAUCGUUUCUCUAUGCCAUCCCUCCUGCGCAACCCGGCACCAAGCCCUUCUCGCACAUAGUCGUCUUCCUGCUCCCCGACAUCGUCUUCCCCCCAAACACAGCUGCAGCAAUCUACCUCGUCACGCCGCCCACGGGCCCAAACCAGACCCAGCCCAACUCAAAGUUCCUCGGCGGCAUCGGGCCGGGCAAGGAGAGCGCCAUCUUCAAGCUCAACAGCACAACCGCAGCAGCAGCUUCGGGGGACAGCGUCGUGAUCGGCAUCUCCAUCGAGCCGGCCGAUUCCGUAGCGGGGAGGAUAGCCGAGCUUUCAUCCAACGCGGCGUUGGUGAAGGCAGGCGCGGGACAGCAGCAGCAGCAGCCGAGCACGUUGGUGCUAGCGCAGCGAAUCAUCAAGAAUGCCUUCAACUUUCUGGCGAGCUUCAGUGGCACCGCGGGGCAGGUCGAAGUGGUGCCGCUCAAGGCGUUUGAGGAGUGGUGGCGGAAAUUUGAGGGGAGAGUGAGGAGCGAUCCGGGUUUCUUAGAGCGGGAUGAUUGA